AUGAAUAAAACCAACAGGGGCAAGAAGCUGUCGUCACCUUCCUCUCGUAAGAUGCGAGUGGAAACGCCUUCGGUGGCUUACAAGACCAAUCCAGACGCCGCAGAGUCCACCGUUCCCACCUCUUCGUGGGAGAUCGAGACGCUGGGUUGCCGCAAUCGUCGUGCCGCACGCCGCAAUGCUAAGUUAUUGCAAAACGAAAACGACAUCAACGACGCCAUGCUCCAGUUUGCCGUGGAUGUGUACAUGGAGCUGAGAGCAGCCACUGGGGCCGCCACUGGAGACCCGUGCAACGUGAUCUUCUCUCCUUUCGCCGUGCAGACAGUGAUGGCCAUGAUGAUGGCUCUGUCGGGCGGGACCACUGCCGAGCAACUGGCUGAAGCCCUGCACCUGCAGAACAUACAGGACGAAGAUUUCAAGCUGUACAUGCAGCGUCGCGCGUGCAAGCUCACCUGCCUGGCGGGAGGCUUCAGCUACUUCUGCUUCAACAACAAGACGCAGCUCAUAACGGGCCGUCACGUGGUCCCUCGUACCGCUCCGGGCGACCCUCUACGCACGGUCACCGACUCCCUGCUCGUGGAGCACCGGCACGUUGAUUUCGCACAAGAUGGUGAGAGCGUGAGGGAAAGCGUCAACGAGUGGCUGCACGUGAUGUCGGCCUUCGAGUGCGAGAACGCCAUCCCCCAGGGAACUCUCGACGAGACCACGUCCCUCCUGGUGGUGAGCGUGACGUCACUGCGAACGGCCGACUGGAAAUGGAAGUUCCAUCUAAGGGACACCACUUCUGGAAUUUUCUACGAGUCUUCCGGAGUCCAGAAAGAGGUCAGUAUGAUGUACCAACGGGGUCGCUUUCCUACGGCCGACUGCGAUGACGAACUGGAUGCCACGGUCCUAGAGCUCCGAUACCGGCGCUACAAGAAGUCCAUGGUGCUCCUACUGCCACACAAACGCAACGGACUAAGCACCCUGGAGACAGCGCUGACGGGGCCCAGGCUGCAGAGCUGCCUUGACCGCCUCCAAGACCGAGGUAGCGUGGACGUCAGGCUGCCCAAGUUCGCCGUCAAGCAGACGUUCGACCUCAAGGACGUGCUGCCCGGAUUGGGAGUCUUGGACGUGUUUGUGUCGGGCAUCGCCGACAUGUCGAGUUUGGCGUCAGACGAAGUCGACCCUUCUAGUUUCUCCGAAGGAGGUCCCCACCUGUCGAUUGCCGUGCAGUGCGUCUCAUUACAGACCAAAGAGAAAGGCCACAAGGUUGGCCCAUGGGAGGAUAAGGAGGCUAGCAUCACGUUCACUGUUGAUCACCCCUUCAUGUUCGUCGUCCUUAGCAGAGAUCCUGAAGCGAUACUCCUGAUGGGAUCGGUGAGGGAAGUCUGUCUUCCCUACAUUUAG